AUGGAUACAAAACGAUUGUUGGCUUUAUUCUGGUUAUUGGCACUAGCGUGCGGUCGAAGAUUAAAUGACGAGCACACUAAACAAAACAAUUCAAACAGGAAUUUACCUACAGAAUCAAUUGACACUCAAGAAGAUCUCAGCUCUCGAAGUUAUGGACUUCAAGGGCCAGAAAUAGAUUCUCCCGAUGAAUUUAAAUCAGAGGUAUCUGAUGCAUGGAUGCCUACAAGUUCAUCGAAAUCAAUGGCAAAACAAAUUCAUGAGCCUGAAAUUGAUGAUUACGGAGAACCGGAAAAACCAGAAAAACUAAAUGACAAGGAAGAAAUGGAUUCAUUCGAAAGGCUUAAUGACGAAAAAAUUGAAGAUCCCGAAAAUGGUAAUGAAGAUUUCGAGCAAGUGAAAAAAGUAAAAGAGGUGUCGAUAAUGACUUUGAAACCAAAAGAACAUAACAAAGCGUUAGAUCCAAUAAGUGAUCAACAAGGCCGUCCUCCUAUGAGAAUCAUACGCCCUAUGAGAGAUUUGAGUAUACUUGUCAGAAAUCGGCACCAUCCUAUAUUAAUAGCCCGUCAAGUACCUGUUCAUUGGAUACCUCACAACCGUCACCGUCCACAUAAACCACCAUAUCCACAUAAGCCACUACUUCCACAUAAGCCACCACAUCCACACAAGCCACUGUAUCCACAUAAACCUCACCACCCUUCGAUGCCAAAACACAAACCAUGUAAGCCAUGUGAUCCUAAAGUUCAUAAAAAACAUAAGCCGAAAAAACCGAAAAAACCGAAAAAAAAACCAAAGAAAAAACCAAAGAAAGAGCACUGUCACCACCCGAAGAAACCGCAUCAUAAACGAUUAUUAUAUUAUGCCCCUAUACCUACCGCCAUGAACUACUAUAAUUACGGGUCACAAAUCCCGGUGAAAUUGAUUCAGCAAAGUAGUAAUUAUGAUGUGGCAGAAAACCUAGAGAACGAAGAUGUAGAAAUUGAUACCGAAAGACCAUUUCACCAAGAAGUUGAAGACGAUGUCGAAGAACAUAGGUUAGCCGAAAUGAGCGAACCUUUUGAUGAAGAGGUUCUCGAUGAAAGUAAAAUAAAAUCAAUUGAGCAAAUUUAA